AUGUCAAAAAAACUCCCAACUAUAUCCGUAACUGCCGACAAGCGUUCCUCACACUCCGAUUUAUCCUCCUCAUCGUCAUCCCAUGACACCGAUAGCAAUGACAUGGACUAUGGGCGCAAUGGCGCCGGGGGCGUGACCGAUGUCGAAGAUUUUGACAGUCAGAUGGAGGUACUGAAGCCAAGCUCCCGGCGGAACUCUUGCAACGCGUCCCUGAAACCCAAAAACCAUCCUAAGGCGAGUGGGGGCGAUAAUGAUGUGACUGAUGUGGAGGACUACGACACAGAAUCUGACGAUGAUGAAAAGAGCACGGCCUACCCAGAACUAAAGCUGUCGCUGAGAGAGUUUCUCCAACAGGGACUCCAGAACCAGGAAGUAGUGGACAACGAUGCAAAGGAGAGCUGUGAGAUAAAAGCUGGUGAUUUCGUGCAAGCACAAAACCUGAAUGGUAUGGCAGACUAUCUGACUGAUUGCGAGGAUUACGAUACCGAUUCCGAAGUGGGCUAUGGCUGCGAGAAAUCCGUCUGCGUUGAUCUGGACCAUGCGAUGGGCGAUCAAGGUCGAGUCAAUAUAGCCGAUGGCGAGAAGCACCAGGACGAUUCCGAUCAGUACGAAGAUGUGUCUGUGAUCAGUGACAUAAGCGAUUUGGCCUCGGCCAUGUCCGAUUGCACCGGCAUUGGCGUGCGUGGCAUGUCCGAAGAUGAGGUUUUGGAGGUGUCCGAUAGUGGCCACGAAGAGGUUUGCCAGAUUGCCUGCUCGGAUAGCGAAUCCGAGUCAGAGGGGGCCGCAGCCUGGAGUCGGAGUGUAAGUGAAGAUAGUUUUCCGCCUAUUGAUGUGGCCUUUGUAAGUGCCAGUGGUCAACCGCGACGCAACUCCAAGAGCACUAUGCCCACGACGGGACAGAAGAAUUUUCUACAACUUGCUUCAAAAAACGAAGAGGUUCUAACUGAUGUUGAGGGCAUUGACGACUCGGCAGCAGAAGAUAGCUUUGAUAAUGAAGAGGACGAUGAGCAGCCCAUACCACGCGCCAUCAUCCUUGCUUCUGGCGAUGACGGGACUUGCCUUACUGAUGUGGAGGACAUGUUCUGCGAGGAUACAUCAUUGUCCAGCGCCGAACCUGAAGUACGAUCAAUAUCUCACCGAGCUCUGCCACUUCCGCAUCGCGAAGUGGUGGAAUUAAAAGAGGACAAGUACGGGGACACUAUUACAAAUGUGAUGCCCAUGGACAGUAACUAUGAGUUUGGAAUUUACAAUCACCUCAAGGACAUGAUCCACACCGAUUCCGAGGACUAUUCGUGCGCCGAUGAGUGGAGCCUUCAGCAUUCUGUGGUCGAAGAUGCUGCGUUGGGUGGACCCAGCCUAAUCGAAAACGAGGUGAUUGUGUCCAAUGAACUUUUGAAACAGCAACAGAACAAACGCCUAGAGGUGCAGUCCAAUGCAGAAUCCGUGACAGAUGUCGAGGAGAUCUUUGUGGCCGGAACUAAUCGCCGCAAGAAGUUGAAGACCCGCACUCCUAGCAAAGGCAAGAAUAAAUUACUAGAAGCCAUAAAAGUCAAAGAUGAGGGAGUCACAGAUGUCGAGGACAUGGAUCUGAGUGAAUGUGGCUUACCUCCGGGAGUGAAGCGCAUUGAGCAACUGAAACAACAGGCUAAGAGCUCAAAUGUGGACAAAGUAUCUGAUUCCGAGGACGCAUCCACAGAUGACGUCUCCGAUAUUUCAGAACUCUCCGACGCUCUUCCACCAUCGACUGGUGAAAAAUAUAACUACAAGACAAAGCCACAACCGCUUAAUUUCCGUCUGCUUAAGGAUGAAAUAAUAAAUCAGCAGCACACCGAUAUUGAGGAUGUUCAGUUGCCGUCGGAUGCCGAGGAUGCACUGGAGCCACCUGCCAUUCCAGUGGCCAAUAGCAACAGUAAGGAGCUAAAUGAUAUGUUGAAUGAGAGCUACACGGUGGUGCACGAGAAGAGUGGUCGCAGUUUCAACAGUGAGGCCGAGAAGCUGCAUACAAAAGGCAUUAUCCGAGAUGCCCAUACCGACGUUGAGUAUGUUGAGUCCGACGAGUCAGCCGCUAGGGGAGGCAACUAG